CUGGGAAGUCCACAGAGACACAGCACAGUGGGUGAUCCUGUCUUCUGCAUAGAAUUGUACCAUGCCAAACUACAAACUGAUUUAUUUUAAUAUGAGAGGGAGAGCAGAAAUUAUUCGCUACAUAUUUGCUUAUUUGGACAUCAAGUAUGAAGAUCACAGAAUAGAACUAGCUGACUGGCCGGAAAUCAAGCCAACUGCUUCUCAACUUGUUCUGUCUGAAGCUCUUCCAUUUGGCAAAAUCCCUGUUUUGGAAGUUGGGGGACUCACCCUUCACCAGAGCCUGGCAAUAGCAAGAUAUCUGACCAAAAACACAGAUUUGGCUGGAAAAACAGAACUUGAACAAUGUCAAGUUGAUGCUAUUGUGGAUACACUGGAUGAUUUCAUGUCACUUUUUCCUUGGGCAGAGACGAAACAAGAUGUGAAAGAUCAGAUGUUCAGUGAGCUGCUCACAUGUCAUGCUCCACAUCUUUUGCAAGAUUUGGAUACAUACUUGGGGGACAAAGAGUGGUUCAUUGGAAACUCUGUAACUUGGGCAGAUUUCUACUGGGAUAUUUGCAGUACCACACUUUUGGUCUUAAAGCCUGACUUGCUGGAUGGCCAUCCCAGGCUGGAGACGUUACGAAAGAAAGUCCAAGCCCUUCCUGCCAUUGCUGGGUGGAUACAAAGGAGACCCCAAACCAAACUGUAGUGCUCCAGGUUUUGCCAGUCUCAGUCAUCUCUCCUACCGGGUAAGGCAGCUUCAUCAACCUGCCAGAGAACCCACACUCACCCCGUCCCAUGCCAGGGUCUUCACUGUACUGGAUUCUGCUCAUUGAAACAAAAGGGGUCCUGGAGAGACGGCUUGGUGAUUAAGGCAUUUGUCUGCAAAGCCAAAGGACUCAGGUUGGAUUCCCCAGGACCCAUGUAAGCCAGACGCACAAG